AUGGCAUCAACCUCCCUCCUCCACCCCCCUCCUCCUCCACCCCUCCCUCUCCCUCAGGCGACCCCCUGCUUCCUCGCCCCCAAGCUCCUCCGCUCCAGCACCCUCCAGCUAGCCCGCCUGCCCAGCCCCGACACCCCAACCCCAACCAUCCACACCGUCCCUCGCCAUCCCUCCUGCGCCUAUCCUCCCCCAACCCCCCCCCCCAUCAAUUCCACCCCUCAGAGACCUCUACUCCACCCUCGCGGCCCCCCUGUCCACCCACACCUAAACCGAGAGCCACCCAUGUUCCGCGGGGGCAAGCGUCCUGGCCCUCCAUUCGGCGGGGGCCGAGGAGGUCCCUUCUACCCCCCCAAGAGACCUUUCUUUCCCCCACGCUAUUGA